GAUAACCCUGCGUGGUUCCCCUGGUCUGAUAAAGAAACGUGUAUCCUGGAUGUGCUUCGUCAUCUGCCUCGUUCUUUAUUUUCAGAUGCACAAAUGGACAUCAUUCUCUGGGGGAUUGCCUCAUUUGGAGUGGAUAACGCACCUUCAACUGACACUGCAAAGAGUGUAGGUGAAUAUCUACAAACUCUUUGUGGGAUCAAGACAGAGCGCCAGAAAGGACCACUAGGGCAUGUUUAUUAUAUCAAUCAGCUUGCAGGACUUAUUCGUCAGGAAAUGGGCAACCCCAAAAUUCGCCCACACAUCCACCAUUAUCCCGAAGACAGUGGACAGCAUGUAGAGCAUGCCUGGCAAGCAGAUGCUUGGAGAACCCUUGAUCCCGACCUUUCCUCGCCUAUGGUACGUGUUGGCGGACAGGAUUUUUUCAUACAUGAACUGGCAAAAUUGGAUAACGGUACAUACGUAAUUCCAUUUCGUUGGCUCACAUGCAGUCGAGGGCUUCCGGGAGGUCCAGAGCAGCAAUUUUUUGGUUUAGCUUGGAGCGUCGAAAUUUGUUCAACGUUCAGUGGAUGCGGCUUUGUUGUUCACCAACAUCAGACUAUUCAAUUUCCCGUUUCUUGUCUUCUCAGCUCGUUCCCAUAUCUGGUUGAAUCUUAUGACUUGGAUGGAAUACCUGACCCUCGCAACAUAUUAGUAUAUACCACCAACUCGAACGAAAACCAAGGCAUUCAGCCUUGGACACUUACUUCUGCCGAGCAUGGGUUUGCAAACCGCUGGAGAGUCUUAGCCCAGGGCCAUGAAGUUUUGAACUUCGCAAUGUGGCUGUAUUGCGAUGACACAUCUGGGAAUGUCUCGAAGAAAUGGAACAAACAUAACUCCUUUCUCUUUACCGCCGCUGGUCUUCCUCGGGAAUAUGCUCAUCAGGAAAGCAAUGUUCAUUUUCUUUGCACAUCCAACCUAGUGCCUCCAUUGGAGAUGCUGGAUGGGAUCACGAAACAGCUUGAACAAGGUCAGCUGGAGGGUAUAUGGGUGUGGGAUAUUCAGCGUCAGGCCAUGGUGCUAAUAAUACCGGUAGUUUUGGCAAUGCUGGGUGACAACCCCAUGCAAAGUGAGUUUGCGUGCCAUGUUGGCCUUGCCGGCAAGUUCUUCUGUCGUUGUUGCUUUGUGAAGGGACGGGAUGCAGAAGACGAGACAGCUGUUCCAGCUCCUGGGCCUGUUUCCGAUGACGUCUCAGUUCAGUCAGAUCUCUCCAAUACAGGUGACGAGGGUACUAAGAAACGUGGUCGUCGCAAAGAAACUAUGCAAGAGCUUAUUGCCAGAGCAAAGCGGUUUGUUGGGACAUUUCAGAUGAAUGAGACACGAUCCCCGGAGAAUACAACCCAAACACUCCGCAGUAUAUUUAUUGCUUCCCAGAAAUAUAAUGGCAAGACUCAGUCCAAAAAAAUCGUUACUCAGACAGGUGUUAAAGACACAUUUCUCGAGAGAUUCAAUCAGCAGAUAGUUUCUUUUGUGGCAAAGAUACCUGGAAAUACCUCCGCUUCUCAGAAACAAAGACUUGUCGACAAUUUUGUGGCAGAAAACAUUCCAUCUGAGCCAAAUGUCUUUAGCCCUGUAUGGAGAAUCAAAGGACUGGACCCUCAUCGAGAUACACCAGUGGAGAUCCUGCAUGUCAUUCUUCUUGGGUUUGUUAAAUACUAUUGGCGAGAUGCCAUUGCUCGCCUCAGUGACCCUCAGAAAGAAAUUUUGACUAAUCGACUGGCUUCAGUUGAUGUCUCGUCAAUGGGUCUUGCUCCACUGGCGGGCGAGACGCUGGUCAAGUAUGCGCGAUCUCUCACUGGCCGAGACUUUCGAGCUAUUGCCCAAGUUGCCCCUUUUGUCCUUUACGACCUUGUUCCAAAAGAAUGUUUUGAAGCCUGGCUUUCGCUCAGUGCACUCAUUCCACUUGUCUGGCAGCCCGUAAUUAAUCAUUUAGAUGAAUAUCUGGCAACUCUUGAGCUUGCUGUCGACCGCUUCCUUGAUUGCGCCGCCAAUUGGACUCCGCGAUGGUUCAACAAACCAAAAUUUCACAUCAUCAAACACUUACCCAUGCAUAUUCGUCGUUUCGGGCCUGCAAUCCUCUAUGCAACAGAAGGCUUCGAGUCAUUUAAUGCCAUUAUCCGUGAUCACAGUGUUCACAGCAACCACCAGGCUCCAUCCCGGGACAUAGGUCGGGGCUUUGCGCAAUGCAGUUGCAUUCGACAUCUUCUCCACGGAGGAGUCUUCUUCAACCCCUCUGAAACCUCCAAAAGCAGUUUAUCCCCGUCAAAUUACUUGUCAUGCAGUGAUGACCCCAAGCAUUGGGUCUGUGCGGGUCCUCUUCCCCUCAAGCUUGCGUGGACCAGUCUGGGAAAAUCGCAAAGCCCUGUUGCGCGUGCAUACGGACUCCAUGUAAUGGAGGAAGAAAAACCUCGCCCAGGUAUGUCCCCCCAACAUUUCUGA